UCUCGGAUAAAGGACGGCUCUGCAAGUUUGCAACCCGGUGACUAUGUUUCUUUUUCCACUACAAUGGAGACUCUGUUGCCUCUCUUCUCGCCACCCUAUCUGAACCCAUCUCGUCUCAAGAAGCAAUCACCAAUGGCGGCCUCCGUUUCACCGUCUCUUCCCUCAUCUGCCCCAUGUAUCGCCGCUCAGCAGCGGAAAACGCCCACUUCAAAGCGCUCCUCAAGACCCACCAAGACGCUUUCGUCACCACCCUCACCACCGCCAACAACAACCACCACGAACAACGCAAGCCCGACGCCUUCUCUUCCUGCCAAGAAGGUUCUGGUUCCGAUUGGGUUUGGCACGGAAGAAAUGGAAGCUGUCAUAAUGAUUGAUGUUCUGCGCCGGGCCGGCGCGCAGGUGAUUGUGGCAUCGGUUGAGCCCCAGCUUGAAGUUGAAGCAUUUGGUGGUACGAGACUGGUAGCCGAUACGUCCAUUUCGGCCUGCUCUGACGAAAUUUUUGAUCUUGUUGCUCUGCCGGGAGGAAUGCCUGGCUCUGCACGUUUAAGAGAUUGUGAAACUCUCAGGAAAAUCAUGAGCAAACAAGUGGAGAAAAAAAGAUUAUAUGGAGCAAUCUGUGCUGCCCCAGCAGUUGCUCUUCUGCCAUGGGGUCUUCUGAGGAAAAAGAAGACCACCUGUCAUCCUGCAUUCAUUGACAAGCUUCCAACGUUCUGGGCUGUUAAAUCAAAUAUCCAAGUCUCAGGAGAGCUUACAACGAGCCGUGGUCCUGGAACUGCUUUUGAGUUUGCUCUUUCAUUAGUGGAGCAGCUUUUUGGGGAGUCUGCUGCAAAUGAGAUUGGAGAAUUGCUGCUAGUGCCUGCUGAGGGUAGACCUAGGAAGAAGGAAUUCAACAAAGUUGAAUGGUCUGUUGGUCAUACCCCUCAUGUUCUCGUACCAGUUGCCAAUGGUUCUGAAGAGAUUGAAGUUGUAACAGUGGUGGAUAUUCUACGGCGAGCUAAGGUCGAUGUUGUGGUUGCUUCAAUUGAAAAAUCUGUGCAGAUUUUGGCUUCUCGAGGCACAAAGAUUGUUGCAGACAAGUCAAUUGGCAAUGCUGCUGAGUUGAUAUAUGAUUUGAUUAUUCUUCCGGGAGGCCCUGCAGGGGUUGGACGGCUACACAAAUCCAAGGUUUUGAAGAAGCUUCUCAAAGAACAGGAAUCUGCUGGAAGAAUAUAUGGAGCAAUCUGCUCUUCACCAGCAGUCCUACAUGAACAAGGGUUACUUAAGGAUAGAAAAACCACUGCUCACCCCUCUGUUAUAAGCAAGCUUGCCAACAAUGUGGGGGAUGGUGCGAGAGUAGUUAUUGAUGGCAAACUGAUCACAAGCACGGGACUUGCUACUGUGACUGAUCUCGCAUUGGCUAUUGUGAGCAAGCUUUUUGGUCAUGGAAGGGCGAGAUGUGUAGCGGAAGCCCUUGUUGUUGAGUAUCCCAGAAACUAGAAUGAUCUAUUUUGUAGUCGUCAUGGAUAAAGGAGAUUAUUUAACUGCAUGCUAUCAGUAAAGGGUCAGACUUGCUUGUGCAUGGGGCUUGCAUUUCGUGCCAGUGUCGCUUGGCUGAUUGCAUGGUAUGCAUCUGCCAUUCAGAUAUCAAAAGCUUGGUCACGGACUCAGAUUAUUCUUCGCUCAGAUGUGGCAUGGGAUAGUGGCUGCUCUCUGCCAGCUAAAAAUCAUAAAAUGAUACUGAAAUGGCAUGGAUGUGGAUUGUAUUGUAUUUUAUACUUUCUUUCCAUUGUUAGAAGGGGGAAAAAGGGACAAGGUUCUGAACAAGAGACUAAACUAUUGACUUCAAUGUAUAGCAUCUCUAAUGUUCACAUGUCAACCUUCCUUAGAGAACCUUGCAUUUUCUCUCAGAGGUCAAACUGAUUAGGAGUACUGGGCAUGUUCUUUUGUCCUCGUCGUACAUGCAAAACAAAAUGCAUCACUAAAUAUGAUGACUUUGAAUUUAGUCAAUAUAACAAUGUUGAAUUUGCACCUGGUA